UGCCGCGUCGGCAGCCCCGGAGCGCGCCGGACGGCGGCGGCUAGAGGCCAGGGGCAGCCGCAGCUUGAGCAGCGGGGUCCGGGCCAUGGCGGCGGCGGCGACAGUGGCAGCGGGGGCCGCGGCGGGGGCCGAGACUGCCGAGGGGCCCCCGGGGCCGGCGGCGGCGCUGGAGCUGUGGCUCAAUAAAGCCACAGACCCAAGCGUGUCAGAACAGGAUUGGUCCGCUAUCCAGAAUUUCUGUGACCAGGUGAACACUGAUCCCAAUGGCCCAACCCAUGCGCCCUGGCUACUGGCCCACAAGAUCCAGUCUCCACAAGAGAAAGAAGCUCUUUAUGCCUUAACGGUACUGGAGAUGUGUGUGAACCACUGUGGGGAGAAGUUCCACAACGAGGUGGCCAAAUUCCGCUUCCUGAAUGAGCUGAUCAAAGUGUUGUCCCCAAAGUACCUAGGGUCCUGGACCACAGAAAAAGUUAAAGGAAGAGUCAUCGAAAUACUCUUUAGUUGGACCGUCUGGUUUCCAGAGGAUAUCAAGAUCCGAGACGCUUACCAGAUGCUGAAGAAACAAGGAAUCGUAAAGCAAGACCCUAAACUACCAAUGGAUAAAAUUUUGCCUCCACCUUCUCCCUGGCCCAAGAGCUCUAUCUUCGAUGCCGAUGAAGAAAAGUCCAAGCUUCUGACGAGGCUUCUGAAGAGCAACCACCCUGAGGAUCUUCAGGCUGCAAACAGGCUGAUCAAGAAUUUGGUCAAGGAGGAGCAAGAGAAAUCCGAGAAGGCAUCCAAGAGAGUCAGUGCUGUGGAGGAGGUACGGAGCCAUGUGAAGGUGCUGCAGGAAAUGCUGAGCAUGUACCGCAGGCCGGGGCAGGCCCCACCAGACCAGGAGGCUUUGCAGGUGGUGUACGAGCGUUGCGAGAAGCUGCGGCCCACCCUGUUCCGGCUGGCGAGUGAUACCACAGAUGACGACGAUGCACUCGCGGAGAUUCUCCAGGCAAAUGACCUUCUCACCCAGGGAGUUCUGCUGUACAAACAGGUGAUGGAGGGCCGAGUCAUCUUUGGGAACACAGUGACCAGCUCAGUGGGAAACCUACCUGUCUCCAGAGUCUUUCAGAAACCAGCAGGUUGCGUGAAGAGCUGUCCUCUGAUUGACCUGGAGGUGGACAAUGAAUCUGAGCAGGCCGGGACUGUGGCACCGUCUUUGCUUCACCAGGACCUGGCAGCCUUAGGCCUCAGUGAUGCUCCGCUUACCAACAAGGUUGCCGGUCAGAAUUGUUGUAAGGAAAAGAGGAAUCCCCCAGCCAGCAUGCUGCCAGGUGGUGGUGUUCAGAGCCCUUCUGCAGAAAGGAACUUGCUGGAUCUCCUGUCCCUACAGCCAUGUCCAGGGCCUCUAAAUUAUGUUCCACAGAAGAGCAUCCCUAAGGAAGUACCCCCCGGCACUAAGUCCUCUCCAGGUUGGUCCUGGGAAGCUGGACCAUUGGCUUCUUCCCCAUCCUCCCAGAAUACACCUCUGGCUCAAGUGUUUGUCCCUUUGGAGUCUGUUAAGCCCAGCAGCCUGCCGCCUCUUAUCGUGUAUGACCGGAAUGGCUUCCGAAUUUUGCUCCACUUUUCCCAGACGGGGGCCCCUGGCCAUCCGGAGGUGCAGGUGUUGCUGUUGACCAUGAUGAGCACUGCCACCCAGCCUGUCUGGGACAUCAUGUUUCAAGUGGCUGUGCCCAAGUCCAUGAGAGUGAAGCUGCAGCCGGCGUCCAGCUCCAAGCUCCCUGCAUUCAGUCCGUUGACACCUCCUGCUGUGAUCUCUCAGAUGCUGUUGCUUGACAAUCCACACAAAGAGCCCAUCCGGUUACGGUAUAAGCUGACAUUCAACCAGGGUGGACAGCCUUUCAGCGAAGUAGGAGAAGUGAAAGACUUUCCAGAUCUGGCGGUCUUGGGUGCAGCCUAACUUUUCACGAGACAGACCCUACCAUUCGAGCUUAGGCCAAUGUGAAUUUUGCUGUCUAGCUAGGACUAAUCAUGGUGAUUUAGUGCAGAGUGCCAAGAGUUCUAUCCUGACUUCAGGCUCUGGACCCCAACCUCUGACUUAUUCUGCAGAUACUGUGUGUGUGUGUGUGUGUGUGUGUGUGUGUGUGUGUGUGUGUGUGUGUGUGUGUGUGUGUGUGUGUGUGUGUGUGUGUGUGUGUGUGUGUGUGUGUGUGUGUGGUGGGGGUUAUGGGGGAGGGUAGAGCAGGGCUUGGGGUGUGGACAGUGUGGGAAAUGCUAAAGCAUUUCUGACAACCAUCUGCUACAGUCAUCUGUUUCUGCAU